CAUAUUUUCUAGGAAAUUUUGUGCAAAAAGUUAUGGGACUACGUGCACAUAAAGUGUUACUGAUUACUGCUGCACUUCUUUUGGGGUUAUACUUGAUCGGACGAACUUUUCAACGGAUACAGAAGAGAAUCGAGAGUGGUACCCCGGAGAGAUAUAAAAUCUACAGGUCCCAGCUCGACCAUAAUUCCACCACAUAUCAAGCAGAGGGAAGUAUGAAGUUUCGUCGUGAAAUGAUGCUCAGUGCUUGUCGUAAAUAUUCGAAAAAUAGGCCAUCCUCUUCUGAAGAGACGUAUGUAAAAAAUCCAUUUCUAAAGACAAGCUUAUUCUUUUCUGACGAGUUUAAGGUUCUAUUCUGUCAAAUACCAAAAUGUGCCACGCGCAGUCAAGCGAAGUUUCUGGCAGCAGCAGACGACCUCAUCAAAGAGUCAGAAAUGGAUACUGUUACAGAAAUUCGAGCUACUUCACUCAUACAUAGAAAGACAUCUUUCUGCAAGACGCAUACGAAAUAUCGACGAGAUUGCUCGAAGAAUGAUUUCACUGACAAUGCUAAGGUGCAGAAAUAUUUUGCCGACGUAUCCCCAAUUUUAGUGGAAUCACUCUAUCAAACUUAUAAAAAGGAUUAUGAACUAUUUGGAUUUAUGAAACCUUCCGAAUUUCAACGAUAA